AUGGAACUCAGCGGCAAAUCCCCAGCUUCCAGCGACCACAACACCAGCAAGAAGACUCUCGCCUCCUCUGCGACUGCGAAAUCAACCGGGAAGUCCACUGCUUCCUCUGCGAUUGUGGUGAAACCUAACGGAAAGGCUGUUGCUUCAUCUGCCAAUCCGAUGGAACCAAACGCUGCUACCGAUCUCUCCUCUCUGCCUAGCGAGCAAGUGAUGUUCUUCAGAGAGGUUUCUCUCGGCCCACGCGAAGCCGAGUUGAUGUUCCGUAUCAUUCAUUUCUGGGAUGCGCGCAAUCCAAACACGAAGACUCUCAUUGGACGAGAGAUGCUCCUAAUCGACGAAGAGGGAACUGUUAUUCAAGGUUUUAUUCCAGCGAGUCGAGUUGAGAGAUAUGAGCUGAUAGCAGGUUCUGUCUAUAAGCUGAUCAAUUUUUUUGGAUCCAGAAGCAAAGAUCAGUUUCGCGUUGCUGAUCAUAGUGCCACCGUCUCAUUCAGCUGGAAUUCCUCUUUGUCUGUUCUUGAGAAUCCUCCGGUUCAAAUACCAGAAGAUAGGUUCAGGUUCCACACCUAUGAGGAGUUUAAGGCCAAUUGUGACUCCAGAGCUGAUCUCUAUGAUUAUGUUGGUCAUAUGAAGCUGGUGAAUGGGCAGACUUUGACUGACCAUAUUGUUCUCGACGAAGCUGACAUAGCAGAGAAGCGGCAUCUUGGACCAGUGAUGAAGAUGUAUCUAUGGGACAAGGCUGCUUCCGAUUUUUGCCAGAAAUUCAAAUCAUAUGGAGGCAUUCCAAGCGUUCUUUUGGUCACUACAGUGAACCCUAAACAUAUUGGAGGGACCCUUGCUCUCACUUCGAUGUCAUCAUCCCGAGUGUUUAUGGAUGCCGAUGUUCAGCCAAGCAAGGAUUAUCUCGAAUGGUUGGUCUCAAACUCAGAAAUUGCUAAUAGAGUUUCAGCUGAGGUUGUCACUAAACCUGAGCCAGUGACUCUUGAGGAACUAUUCUCUUACAUCAAGAAUGAAACUUCUAAGGUUGCUUGGUUCGAAUGCACUGCAACUAUAGAUGAUGUUAUCCAAGGUUCUGCUUGGUACUACAUUUCCUGUGGUGGCUGCAAUAGUAAGGCAGUGAAAGGGCCUACUUCUCUGGUUUGCAACAAUAAGAAGUGUGAUAAAAGAGAAGUCACAGGCGUACCUCAGUACCUGACAAAGAUUUCUGUUUAUGAUAAGAGUGAGCAAGCAGUUUUUGUCAUCCUUGGUGAUGCUGGAAAGGAGUUAACUGGCAAGCAUGCAGCAGAAUUAGUUGCAAAUUACUUUGAGUCUAAUGCUGGAGUUGGGGUUGACCAUUGCGUGCCUGUUCCGGAUGCUUUGCUUGAGACAAUCGGGCAGACACGCAAGUUCAUCGUGAAGGUCUCGGAUCAUAACUUGACAGGCAAGACUCAGACCAUAACUGUCACAAAGAUUAUCCCAGCAGGUGCUCCUCUUCCAUCAGUGUCUGAUGGUAUCUCAAAGACUGCUGGUGAUGACUCUGGACCUUCCGGAGGGGUUGGAGGUGAUGCAAGUGAUAGGGCUAGAAAAGCAGCUGAGUAUCUUGAGUCGGAUGAGGCGAAGCGUUCGAAGAGUGGCUAA